UUUUAGCACAACAUAAUUUUGAUUCGCCUUUUAUUGACUUGUAAUCAUCCCUUCGCAGCGCUGUAAGCAGACCGCCUGUCAGUGGAGAGCAGUAGUACGCAUGGGCGUGUUGAAGAUAGUAGGGUAGGGCUGGAGCGCGCGCUGGAUGCUCUUAACGAGCGCACAUGUAGAGCACUUGAUGUGCAGAGAUCAUUUUCUCUCAGCUGAUGAACGGCAGCUGACCACCACAUUCUCCAGCACAGUUUUAAGCGACUUUCCCCGACUUUAACCCCAUUCAAGUUUCUUGAGUUGUAGGGGGGCUCUUUAUUAAUACCCUGGCCUUGUUAACUCCGGGUUGGUCCGAGCGGGACCGUGAAAGCCUCCGCGGGGCCAGGCUGCGCGAGCCGUGGAACUGCCCCGAGCCGCGCGCGCUCAUGGAGGGAGACAUCAUGGACAAACUGGAGGACAUGGCUUCGGUCUACGAGUUCGACCCGUUAACGGGGAACAUCCCCGCCACCAAAGUGGAGAUCACAGUUUCAUGCAGGAAUCUUUUAGACAGAGACACGUUCUCCAAAUCCGAUCCAUUGUGCGUGUUGUACACUCAGGGCGUGGAGACCAAGCAGUGGAGAGAGUUUGGAAGAACGGAGGUGAUUGACAACACGCUAAAUCCGGACUUUGUCAGGAAGUACAUCCUGGACUACUUCUUUGAGGAGAAGCAAAGCCUGCGCUUUGAUUUAUAUGAUGUUGACUCUAAAAGUCCUGAUCUUUCCAAACACAAGCCCCUUGAACUAUACGACUUUCUUGGCCAGAUGUUCUGCACACUGGGUGAAAUCGUGGGGUCACCAGCCAGCCGACUAGAAAAACCUCUUGGGGGCAUACCAGGGAAGAACUGCGGCAUUAUCGUCUUAUCUGCUGAAGAACUGGGGAACUGCAGGGACAGUGCAACCAUGCAGUUCUGUGCCAACAAAUUGGACAAGAAGGACUUUUUCGGGAAAUCGGAUCCCUUCAUGGUCUUCUUCAGAAGCAACGAAGACGGCACGUUUACAAUCUGCCACAAGACAGAGGUGGUGAAGAACACCCUCAACCCUGUUUGGCAGCCGUUCACCAUUCCAGUCAGAGCUCUCUGCAAUGGCGACUAUGACAGAACAAUCAAAGUGGAAGUGUAUGACUGGGACCGUGAUGGGAGCCAUGAUUUCAUCGGUGAAUUCACCACCAGCUACAGAGAGUUAGCCCGAGGUCAGAGCCAGUUCAAUGUGUAUGAGGUGGUGAAUCCAAAGAAGAAGAUGAAGAAAAAGAAAUAUGUAAAUUCGGGCACGGUGACACUGCUGUCAUUCUCAGUGGAAUCAGAGUCGACUUUCCUUGAUUACAUCAAAGGAGGGACCCAGAUCAAUUUCACUGUGGCCAUCGAUUUCACCGCCUCUAACGGUAACCCAUCCCAGUCCACGUCUCUCCAUUACAUGAACCCCUACCAGAUGAACGCCUACGCCCUGGCACUGAAGGCAGUGGGGGAAAUCAUCCAGGACUAUGACAGUGACAAGAUGUUCCCUGCACUGGGAUUUGGAGCCAAGCUGCCCCCCGAUGGACGGGUGUCUCAUGAGUUUCCCCUAAAUGGAAAUAUCGAAAAUCCCUACUGUAAUGGUAUUGAGGGGAUUUUGGAGGCGUACCAUCAGAGUCUAAAGACCGUCCAGCUGUACGGGCCUACUAACUUUGCCCCUGUUGUAAAUUUGCCAAAUAUCCUACACAGUUGUAAAUCACUUUUAGUGGUGGCCAGGUACGCAGCUGCUGUCCAGGAUGGCUCGCAGUAUUUUGUGCUCCUCAUCAUCACGGAUGGGGUCAUAUCAGACAUGUCACAGACCAAAGAGGCCAUCGUGAAUGCUGCCAAGCUUCCCAUGUCCAUCAUUAUUGUUGGAGUUGGACAGGCUGAAUUUGAUGCUAUGGUUGAGUUGGAUGGUGAUGACAUCAGGAUCUCCUCAAGAGGAAAAUUAGCAGAGCGAGACAUUGUCCAGUUUGUGCCGUUCCGGGAUUACAUGGAUCGGACGGGAAACCACGUGUUGAGUAUGGCACGACUGGCCAAAGACGUUCUGGCUGAGAUUCCCGACCAGUUCAUUUCUUACAUGAAGAGCCGGGGAAUCAAACCCAACCCAUCGCCGCCUCCGUACACACCUCCGGGACACACACACCACACACAGAUCUGAGCUCCCGAACCUGCUCUCCCUGGAAUCGUGGGGUAGCUGUACCGGAGCUAUAGGGUUUAGCUCCCAGUGUCACCAUGUGUUUGAACUCUCCGAGACACUCCGAGGUACAGUGGCGUUUCUGUUUGUGCCAUUUAUAUUUUCUGCCCGUUUUUUUCUGGGAAGGACAGUGUGACCCAAGGGCAGCUUUUUUGUUUGUUUUGUUUAAAAAUAUCUAUAUCUUGGCCUGUGACUGUUUCUUAUUUUGUGGAUCAGUUGACAAGAGGACGAAGAGCCAGAGGAGGAGGAGGGUGAUGUUUGUGGUUUCAACUUGUGCCUGUCUGUGACUGUCUCAGUGUUCCAGGACAAGUGUGCCCUAAUCUGACAUUGGACCUUACUCCACGUCGGUAUACUAGAGUGUGCGCGUUACGGUGACGUUUUUAGAGUCGUAUCGCUUUCAUUUCGUAUCAGGUCAGGCCUGUGACGGUUUGGGUUUAUUAUGUCAAGCAUCUCUUGUGGAAAAAAUGUUAUUUGAUUCUCUGUCAGUAUCAGUUAUGGUUUGGGAAAGCAUGCAUGUGUGAGGAGAAGCAAAAUCCUAAUUUUGUGAUGAGAGAUGUACUAGUUGCAACACAGGCUCUUUGGAAAAACAUGCCUCUACCUACAUUUUAGCAAAACGUACCAAUACAUACAAAUCUCUGCGGUUUCCAGCUGAAAUGAACACUAGAGGCAGUAAAACACAACAACUUUUAUUCCUUUUUUCAAAAAUUAUGAUUACAGGG